UUUUUUAUUAAGUUUGUUAUUUGCAUUGGGUAGGCAUAUGAGCAUUGUUAAUUCAACAUAAAGGGGCCAAAUUGCAUCAGAAUUUCGUUAGAUAUAAUUACUCUAUCACUUCAACACAGGGCAGUACUGUAGGAGCACGAUUCAACUAUAGGCAGAUGAACGUCGUUCCACUGAAUAAUUGAUUAGAAAAGUGUUUUGCUCGCAUUGCCAGUCGUCAUAGAAUAUUCCCUCUGGAGAGGAAACAUUGGAUGUGACAUUUUCUCACUGUGUGGCUGUCACCGCGAUACAAGGCGGGCUGCAGCCGGAGGCUGAGCGAUCCAUAUAAGGUAUUCAUCGCAUCAGAGCCUUUUUGCAAACAAAUAAAUCAUUUUACAUGUGAAAUAAAACCUAAAAACACUUUUCUGAUUGUUUGAAUUAAAAAGCCAGCCAGAUAUCGCUAUUAAUCAAUGUGACGUGGCUAUGCAAAGCAUGCAUGCACGCGUCCAUGCUUUCAGUACAUUGAUCAACUACACUCGCUCUAUCAUUUAAAUAUAGAAAUCGAAGGUCAGAAGCCAGGCCCUACUCAAAUUAUCUGCAUAUGAUGUUUAACGUGUUACAAAUUUAACAUAUGAAAUAUAUAUUCAAUACGGAAAAAAAAUUGUAAAAUGUUUUUUUUUUUUUAUAUAUUUCUAUUCAAAUUUGCAACAAAUUUACUGUGUAUAUGUAUAUAUAUGUGUAUAUGUGGGUUCGUGUUUCUGAAUUUCACACACACAUACAUAUAUCUAUUGAGAACGUGUGGUAGUUUCCUGUCAGAUCUCGUAUAUGUAAGCCCCAUACACAGCUAGACGUAAUGUGUGUUGGUGUGAAUGUAUCGUAGGGAGAAAAUGACGUUUCAUCGCCGUCGACCAAUCGGCUUCGCCCUACACCCUACCACCUCUCAGUAUCGUGUCUCGUUCUAGGUUUGGGAAUACACAAGCUUUGAGGUCGCUUCUAUAGCAAAAUGUCACAAGAACUUGUCGAUUUAGAAGAAAUUGUAAGGAAAUGGGUUGCCGACUUUCCAUUAGACGCGAAACAACGUAAAGAGGCCGAUGACCUCAUAUCCACUGACAUCAACUGGAAACACUUGCGCGUGCAACACGGGGACACGCAGUACUUUGACCAAAUAAAGGCAACUACACCAAAGUCGCACAUUCUCUUUACAGCGCACUUCACGAACGAUACUGACCAAAAUCAGGUGUACACGCUAAAAACAGAAAGACGGACAAAAUCCACGUGCACGCUUUCCUUAGAGAAAAGUUAUACGUAUGGCUUCAGCGUAGAUAUCAAAUUGACCCCGCCAAAUCCCGUCAUAGAAGCCAACGCAGGGUUCAAGGGCGAGUUAGGUUUAACCAAGACAAGCGACGAGACUUUCGAAGAAGAACUCUUGUGGUCAGUUGACAAUCAGAUUACUGUCCCGCCAAAAUUCAAAACAAAAGCCAACCUCGUUAUCAAAGAAGAUGAAUAUACGAGUCAUUUUAAGACAGAGAGCAAGUUCGAAGGCAAGAUCCACGUGACGUUACGUCAUAAAAAAGAUAACACCCCCAUCACCACCCUCACCACUGACGUGAAGAGGUUGUUUACGGGGGACAAGGGGUUCCGAGUGGACAAAUCCGGAAUAUACUUCAUAACACAAGGACGGUGUCGCUGUAGAUUCGGUAUAGAACAGCACGUGAAACUAUCGCAGACCAAGGUUGAAGCUGUAAAGGACGACGAAGGCGAAGACGAGGUUGACACAACGACGUCAUAAUGACGUCACUAAUGAAGUGUAUAUUUUAUUCCGUCGCGCGCUAAGUGUCCUAUAGUUAAUCUGUUUGUGAUUGACAGAAAAAUUCAGCAUAUAUAGAAAAUAUGAUUGAUGAAUACAUUUUGUGAGGAAUGAUUCGCUAAUGUCUGUGGAUUUAAUUUGCAGUUCUUCAGCAUUCAUCGAAAUUUCAUUGUGACAAGUAUGUUUUCUCACCAACGUGAAUAAUUAAAUUCACUGUGCUUGGAUAAAAUAUUUGAUGAUGUCAAAUGUGUGAUAAAUACAAUUGGUUGUUUAUUAAUAAAUUCGCAAUGUGAUUCUAUAGGGAUACGUACGUUUAUUGUUGACGAAGAUAUGCUAUGUGAAAUAUCCCGAUUUGUGGUGAGUUCCGGAUACUAUGCAUCAUCUUAGACAUGCCAGUAUUUCAACAUUAUCAACAAACAGAUCCGCCCAUUAAGAGCUGUUGCUAGGAUCAAUGCCUGUAUAAUUAUUAUGCGAGAUCAAACCACAGGGUCUUGCUAAUUGAGGCGAUUUUUUUUA